GCGACUACUUUUUAAUGUAUUUCAAGAGUUCAAUGCUAUACUUUCAUGCUAAACACGGUUAUAUCGAGCCAAAAUAUUAUUUAUUUACAGUUACACAAUGUAUUCCAUUGCUCGUUGGUGUAUUCUGAGCACACAGAUUUAAAAAAAUAAUAAUAAAAAUGUGAUAGCCUUUAAACUUGCUGGCUGGACCGCCCGACUAUAUAGCUAAUGCUAAUGGUAAAAUCUGAACAGUUCAUAUUCACGCCGUAACUUUAGCUCACUGAAUUUAAUUGUAAAAUGGGGCCAUUCAAGGGCAGAUUCCGGCGGGACACGCCAGUCAAACAAAGGUUCACUAAACGAAAGAGAAAAAGACCGUUUUCUGUCCUUAAAACCUUAAAGGAGGAGUCUGAAGGUCAAAUCUCAACUGACACAACCACAACAGGGGAGACGGUCAUGCUGAUCAAUUCCAAGCCAAACCCAAGAGCUGGUCAGGACUCUACAAGCUCAACCUCGGAGGCAAUGGAGGUCACCAGCAGCUGCGACUCUGUGAUGACGGACAGUCUUCCGUCUCCUGAGAUCUUCCGAGGAGAUGAGGACACAUUGGACUCACACAUGGAGGACAGUCAGCCGCCUCUUAAUGUCCACAACUCCACUUUGCUGGACCUGAGCCUGGCUACAGACCUAGACAUGCACCCUUCCCCCAAUGUUUCCAACAUCACAGAUGCUUCAACUGUCUUAGCAGAGGACAUCAGAGGGGUCUGUACUAAUAAAGAACUCGGAAAGGACAUGGAAGUUCUUCAACCAGGUGAAGUGAGUGAAUUUGAAACUCCACCAAAAAUCACCAGAAAGGUUUUGACGUUCAAAAAGAUUUGCGCUGUUGCCAAACAGACGGCACAGACAGCAGACGCAAACUCAGCCCUGUCUGGGAUGGACGCCACAGGUGACACCGUGGAUUUCGGGGUUCCACCUAAAAGGCUGCGCCGCAGCCUCAGACGGGGACCUGUACUUUUUGACUUUCAGAGUGAGGCUGAGCUGGAAGAAUUCUUUCAGAGGUUAGAGAAAAGGUCUGCCAGUUUGAGGAGCUUAACUUUAUUUCCUCGCUUUGUCCCUGACUCCCCCCCUUGUUAACCGGUUUUAAAAGUGUUUGAGUGUGUGUUCACUUUGUUAGACAUAUUUACUUGACGUUCGACGUUAGAUUCAAUGUUAAUAAUUAAAGGUCUCGAAGCAAUUUAAAAUGACCACCAGAUGGCAGACUUGUUUAUCGGAACAGACUGACCCUCUAUGUUCCUUAAUAAAAAAAAUCGUAAAAAAAAUGUGGUUAAACGGAAUAAAAGCUGUUG